CCGACGUUCUCGUGCCUACGGGGGGAAAAAUAAUAGUGUCAUUGGUUAAUGAUCAAUGGUUAUAAAGGCUUACAGCAACAAAAAAAUAAUUAAAACUAAGAGUACUUGCACUUGAUCUCCGAGAUAGUACGAGAACUCAAAACCUGUAAGAAAACUAAACAUCAAACAUGGAAAGAAAGCUAGCAGCUCUGCUCAGAAAAUCCUUCAAGAUCUCCAAAUUCAGAUACCUCAUCAGUUCUGCCAUUUCAAGGCUUGCAUAUCUUCAGAAACAACAUAAAAUCCGAUGCUCCCAAGCUCGCGCAGACGUCGUGCAGCUCCUCAAUGUUGGUCAGCAGGAACGUGCUCUUCUUCGUGUUGAGCAUGUGAUCAGGGAGCAAAACAUGUUGGAUGCUUAUGAUAUUAUUGACAACUACUGUCAUCUGUUGAUGGAGCGGGUGGUGAUGCUUGAAAAUAAAAAAAAAUGUCCUGAUGAGCUCAAGGAAGCAAUAUCGAGCCUGAUCUUUGCAGCUUCCAGAUGCGGAGAAUUACCAGAGAUGCAAAAGAUUCGUUGUUUGUUUGAAUCGAGAUUCGGAAAGGAAUUCACUACUCGUGCUGCUGAAUUACGCAAUAACUGUGGAGUAAAUCCUAAGAUUGCAAAGAAACUCGUAACCCGACAACCAAGUUUAGAUAGCAAACUGAAAACACUAAACGAAAUUGCUCCUACAAGCUUGCAGCUGGAGAGAAAGGCAUCUACGUUCUCUGAGAAGUAUAAUGUUAACAAGAAGGAAAUACAGCCCAUCAAAUAUAUGCAAUCAGCUAACGCGGGGGAUCCUUACAGUCAAGAGGAUAUCCAAAACUUGUCUAUGAAGCUAAAACCGUACGAGAAUUUCUCUGAAACAACAAAAGAAAGGAAGAAAUACAGAGAUGUUGGGGCUGCAGCACGAGCAGCUUUUAGAUUUGCAGCACAUGCAGCCGCAGCCGCAGCUGCUAGAGCUUCGGUUGAAGUGUCACAACCCAGAGAAAGUCCUGACAGCCAAAACAGUUCAAUUAAAGGUAGGUAUGCUUUUAACUUUGAUGAAGCUAUGAUCUCUAAACUUCAUGUGGAUGAGAAUCCAGCUUCGGGAGAGAGCAAGAAUAAGCAUCCGAAUGAUUCUUUAGAUUCUGGUAAGGCUAAUGGCAUUUUAGGGUCUAAAGCAGGAACUGAAAGAAUUGCAGAUAACAAUAACUUCAGCUAUCUUAUACAACCUGAAGAAAGAAAGAAGGAAGCAGAAAUAAAGAAAGUCUUUAUACAAAUUGAUGAUGGCGCUACUCUGAGGAAACAGAAUGAGAAAGUAAUGAUACAAACCGGCGAGUCUGGUUUUAAUGGGGAGUGUAGCCUGAAACCAAAUGAAAGGUUGAGAAACAAGAAACCUGAUGAAGUUGCAGAUAGAGAUUUAUCUGAUGAAAUUAGAUUCCAGAUUUUGAAGGAAAACCCGCUGAUAAAAGCUGAUCCUAUUAAAGGAAUAUCAGGACUUGAAUAUGAGCAUCAUAAAGAUUUUGCAGAGAAAAUGAUUUCAAGAAAUUCAAAAGUGGGAAGGAGGCCACUUUCCAUGAGGACUAGAAGAAUGCAUAGGCAAUAAGAAUCAAUAAAAAUGAAAAAGAGAAUGAAGAUAAAAAGAUGUUCCUAUAUGUAUUCCUUGCUGCAUAAUUUUAAUUUGUUUGGGUGGUUUUUUACAAUCAUUUUUG